UUGCGUCACUACUUGCCUUCCUAUUUUUACAUUAUUUUCCCACGUUUAUCUAUUUCUUAUAAUUUUUUAUGAUUUUAAAAUCUUAUAUAGUAGAAUUCAUUAAAAACUCCCAUUACAAUAUACUGCUACCAGCCAAGAGGUGGCAAUAAAAUUAUAUUAAUUGUUGACAACUAGUGAUUUUGUGGAUUGCAGUUUACUUCUUAUUGUUUGUUUGUUUUCGUCCUUUUGUGAGGCUAUACUCUGAAUUCUGCUAUUUCAGGUGACGAUAUAGUACAGUGCGUGCCUACGAAGAAGGGCCAUCAAAUUCUGUUUAAAGGAUACACGUAUGUUUUUAAAAGUAGGCUACAAUGUGGCUCUGAACAGUGGUGUUGCUCUUUCCGCCAAAAAACAGGUUGUAUAUCCACGAUAAAUAUGCAAGUUAACGGUGUAGAAGUCUUAAGAGAUUUCCACAAUCACAAAAAACCAAUGUUUUCAGAUUAACAUUGUUCUUUAUUAUGAUUAUGAGUUAUAUCUUGCAGCUAGCAUACUCUUAAUUUCUUUAAGUAAAUGUGACAAUUUUGACGAUUAUCACCACCUAUUAGUAAUGUCAAUAAAAAUUAAUUCCAACAAUACUGCUACAACAAACUUAUUUGCUUUUUUAUUGUCUUUCUUUGUUGAUCUCAUUUUUACAAUGUUAAAUAUUACUCUAGUCUUCUUCACAUAGGUAUAUGAAUGUUUUAGUACCAAAAUAAUAAAUAAAGUUUUGAAAUCUCUUUACUUUUCUUUCCCCUCUCAACAAUGAUGUUUAUUUUGUUUGUGUUAAUGUCUGUACUGUAAUCAUCUUUUAAUUUAACAUGAAAUAAAGAAAGUGAACAUUGAAAAUUUGUUUUUGUUUUAUUUUUCCAUAUUUAGUUAUAAUUAUGAUUUAUUGUUUAGAUUAAUACUAAGUAGAAACUAGGCAUUAAUUUUGCUUAUACUAUUACUCAUUAUAUUUUUCUAAAUAAAUUAUGUCUAAUUGUCACGCAAAUUUAUCUUCAGAACAAGAACAACCGGAAUGGGUGCAAAUAUAUUACUUAAGGAACUCCGAUACAGAAUUUCGCUGCAACAUUUGUGAACAUGUUAUAACGGCCGAUGAGAAGUCACCAGAGUUGCUUGAACACAUCACGCUUAAUCACAAAGAGGUUUACGAUCUCCACAAAGACAACCCAUUCAGUUCCGUUGGCUUCCGGAUUGAGUUUCUGCAAGUUGUGAAGAAUGACAACAGUGAUCCAUUGAACCGUGAGGUUAUUAUCGGAGAAGUCUGUGAAGCGGCUACAGAGGAAAUAGCGAAGCCUAUCACUGGUGGUACGGAGGCUGCGGACAUCUUGUCUGAUGGUGGUGGGCACAUAGUGGUCACGAGGAAUGAUAGCAAUAUUAUUGUUACAAGCAAGAAACCUGGCAAAAGUAUAUCUUUGGAGAAUAGAAAACGCAGCUGGGUGUGGAAGUACUUCGAGAAAGUGAGCCACAUAAUGUACCGAUGCGUGUUCUGCAAUGUCAUACUCUCCAUUAAGGGCUGCAACACCAACAAUUUGAACAGGCACAUACGCACCAAGCACGUAAGGGCUUUUCAGCUGGAGACGGAGGGGAAGAAGGAUGAGGAGUCUGUGCUACUUGAAAUGAAAGAAGAAUCCUACUCGGAAAAAGACGAUUCCUUCAUCAUUUCUGAAUCUAUAGAGAGUCCACAAAAGCUUCGGAGCUGGGUGUGGAUGUACUUCGAUCGCGUUUCGAGCAGCAUAGCCCGGUGCAAGUUGUGCCACAGGAACAUAAGCCACGGCGGGAACGCCACGGGGAAUAUGAACAGGCAUCUCAAGAUGAGACACCAGAAGACCAGAGCAGACAGCGACCACACCUGGAUCUGGAAGGUGUUCGAGGUGAACGAUGAAGACUUCUACACGUGCAAGAUAUGCCAGUUCCAGUGUCUCAAGGCAGACGACCUGGACAAGAGUAUAAAUAUCAUCAUGGCCCACCUGAGGGAUGAACACGGGGUCAUAUCAGGUGAUCAGAUCAUCACCCCGGCAUGUAAAUAGAUGGAUAAGGUAUGUUUGUUUCGUAGAAAUAAGAAUAUUAAUAGACAUACAUACAUAUUAACACGUCUUUAUCACUUGCAGUGUUAACAGUCUUGAAAGACCACGUUGAGCUGUCUGGCUUUAUAAUGGAAUUAAGAUAUUGACAGGUUAGCCCAUCGCUUAGAAAAAGAAUCCCAAGUUAUUAGCCUAUCCCUUAGUCGCCUACUAGGACACCCAUGGGGAAGAUAUGGAGUGGUCCCAUUCUGUAGUGCUGGCAACUACAAGGCAUUAGAAUAUAAUAAGUAAAUAAAUAUUAUAUAGUAAAGAAUAUAAUAUAUGAAAGCGGAAAUUAAAUCUCUCAUCUCUGCACAUUCCCAGUUGCACCCUCGGGACUAGGACCCGGGACCCGGGGUCCGCUUUCCUAUAUUUUUCUUUACACUUUUUCCGAUCUGCACUUUCAUAGUAAAAAUGAAAAUACUGAAGGUAUAAUUUGUCAACGUUUACCAUCGUUUUUUUACGCAGUUGAAAAGCUAACCUAGAAAAGUUUGUAAACUUGGGAUUGUUCUUUUAAGCGAUUUGGCUAGCAACCUAAAAACCAAAUAGUGAACUAUUUGAAUCUCAAUUCUAUAAUUAAGCCAUCCAGUUGAAAGAGGCCUUCGAGUCUUUUUAAGAAAACUAGCUCUAUCUCGUUAGGGAAAAUGGCGUGACAAUAUGUGUAGCUGUCAAAAAAUCUCAGAAUUAACACGAAAUAAUAACAGUUUUGGUGUUACAACCAUUAUUUGCGACGUCACAUUUACCAGUAAAUACCACCUUUCUAUUAUUCAGAAUUAUAUUGUUUGUGUUAAAAAAUCUCUCUGCCAAGUUACUUUUUUGCUUUCGCUGGAAGCGAAUUUCCAUGAUCAGAAAAAAUUAAGAUUUGGUAUGUGUGACUUUGCACAAUAAUCAUCAAUAAAUUUGUAUUCGUCUCUUCCCGUUUUUUGGUCUGUGGCCUUAUGAAAAAUUUGGCCUUAUUGUGAACCAUCUGAACGUAUGCGUAGAUCAAAAUAGUGGCGCAUUUUGAGUCAAAUUACAUUAAUAUUGUUCAUUUAUGUUGCAUUAAUAAUAACUAGACUAAAAUUCUUCAGUAAAAUUUUAUUAUUAUUUUAACAAGUUGUGUUCUGGAUCGGUAUAAAUGUUUAUAUGAUCUGUCACCUUUUUAUAUGUAGUUUAUAAAUCAAUCUGCUGGAUACUAAUUCUUUAGUGACCAAUUUUUCUUUGUCAAAAUCUCAUAGAAGCAUAAUUGGCAAUUUGUAAAUUACAUUAAAGAUAUAAAAUUUAAUACUUCAAAAUUUUAUACCCUCUGAUUAACUGUAAAUUGUUAUUAAAUAGAUUAUUUAGCAUAGUUAAUAUUAUGGGCUUGAUUUUAGUUUUUUUUAACGAUUAAAACUAGAUAAUGAUAAUUGUAAAUAUACAACCUUGUUUUGUUCCGGUUGGGACAUAUCCUAACCUUAAAAGUAACAAAACAUACGUAAAACAACAUUUGUAAAUCAAUUCAGUUUGCCUGUAAAAGUCCUGUCUAAAAAGUAUUCGGUUAUAGAAUUAGCUAACUUAGAUAAUGUCUAUUUUUAUGAAGUAAAAGUUUGAGAAGUUUAUAAAAAAUAAGGAUGCGAGAAAAAAUUUGUAGAAAUUUUCGUCAGGAUUUUUCUGAUAAAGGUUUGGCUCCUUCGCUGCUUGAAUAUUUUAAACUACUUUUUUAAAUCUGGACCAUUUAAACAGAUUUGUUGUUACUUUGAUUUUCAAACGGCCUUAUUAUGUACAAUGUUUACUUAUCUUAAUAAGUAGGUGUAAUAAUUUGUGUAUUUCUUUUUAACUGUCUCUUAAAUUAGUUGCUUGAGAGCACCCUAUAAUUGUAUUUUGUGAUGGUACUUGUUGUAAAUAAAAUAUGUUACACAAGCGA